GACCAAUCACAGCCCCCCAUCUGUAAACAUGGCGUCUGUGGUGAGGUUGCUGCUGGUCGCCGCUCUGCUCUGCGUUGCUUUGCUGCGUCUCUCUGCAGCAGAAGGUCCAGGAAAAGCCCCGAAGAAGAAGAAGGACAUCAGAGACUACAAUGACGCAGACAUGGCGCGGCUGCUGGAGCAGUGGGAGGAGGACGACGACAUAGAAGAAGGAGACCUUCCUGAGCACAAACGUUCUCCUCCACCCAUCGAUUUCUCCAAGGUGGACCCGUCCAAACCAGAGGACCUGCUGAAGAUGUCCAAGAAGGGCAGAACCCUGAUGGUGUUUGCCACGGUGUCAGGAGAUCCCACAGAGAAGGAGACCGAGGAGAUCACUGGCCUCUGGCAGGGAAGCCUCUUCAAUGCCAACUACGACAUCCAGAGGUUCGUGGUGGGUUCUAACCGGGUCAUCUUCAUGCUGCGAGACGGCAGUCUGGCCUGGGAGGUCAAGGACUUCCUGGUGGCCCAGGAGCGGUGUGCAGACGUUACCGUGGAGGGACAAGUGUUCCCGGGAACGGCUGCCAAAAAGGACCGGACCCAGGAUUCACAGCAGAACCGAGCCGGUACCAAGAAGAAGGGCAGGAAGAAGGAGAGCAGAAGUCCAGACGUGGAGGGGAACAGUGCCAGCAGCAGCCUGAAGGUGGAGCUGUAGCAGGGAAACAUGGCGGAGCUGCUUCAGUCUUCCACUCACUGAGCAUCACUGACACUCAAUAUUGGGAUGAUUCCUCUGGAGCCUGCUGGUUCUGAUGGACUCGGUUCUGCUGCUCAUUCACUAUUAAAUCAGCACAUUUCUGAUUGUUUUUUCACUGAAAAUGUAAAUAAUAAAAACCUGUUUCUAAAUGUU